GGUGUGGUUACGGUGGUAGCGGUGGUCUCUUGGACUGUGCCAACAUUUUUGUUCAUCUGUAUUCCACUAUUAUUGAUCUACAAACAGAUCCAAUCUUAUUAUCUUGCCACCUUGCGUGAGCUCAAAAGGAUCGACACCGUUACUAAAUCACCAAUUUUCGCAAUGCUUGGUGAAACCUUGAACGGUUUGGCUACUAUUCAUGCUUUUGGUCACCAGGUCAGUGAUACCAAUAAUUUAAACAAUUGUCGAUUGGACCAAAACCAAGAAGCAUAUUUUGGUUCAAUUGUAUCCAACAGAUGGCUUGCUGUCUGGUUAGAGUUAAUCGGAAGUCUAAUGAUCGUUUCUGCUGCUGCAUUAGCAGUCAGUGGGGUCAUUGCAAACGUCAACGGAUUAGAUAGUGGGAUGGUAGGAAUCUUGAUGUCAUAUGCACUUUCGAUUACUCAGUCUCUUAAUUGGUUAGUCAGAAGUGUGACAGAAGUGGAAACGAAUAUUGUCUCGUGUGAAUGUGUACUUGAGUAUUCUAAAAUCGCGCCUGAAGGUGUGAAUGAGAAUAAUCAAAACUUAGAACCUGAACCUGAAUGGCCUAGUCGUGGGGAAAUUUGCUUUGAAAAUGUGGAAGCAUGUUAUAGACCUGAGUUAGACUUGGUUUUGAAGGGUGUAAGCUUUACAGCCAACGCUGGUGAGAAAGUUGGUAUUUGUGGUAGAAUGGGUGCAGGGAAAUUGACUAUCACUCUAUCAAUCUUUAGGUUGAUCAAUCUCUCUAGUGGGCGGAUUACAAUUGAUGGGGUCAAUAUUAGUACGCUUAGUUUAAGUGGACUAAGGAGUCAAAUGUUGAUUAUACCACAAGACUCUCAGUGUUUUGAAGGCACUCUACGUGAGAAUUUGGCUCCAUCUGGGAUUGUAUCUGAUGAAAAGCUAUGA